GAUUACGUAGUAAGAGAGGUGCGUUGAAUGAGCAGCCCUGGCUCUAUCUAAGAAGAAGAAAAACUGCCAAUUUCAUACGGCAAAUUGAAGAACCCGCGUCCCUUUCACCAUAACCCAGAUCCCCAUUCACUCUAAACAGACGACAGUCGUCGUUUUCUUAUAUAUUUUGAUCAAUCAACAUAAUUCACCAUCAUUUCUUUACGGAUCUCUUUCAUUUCCCUCACGCGGUUGUAUUACUUUCUGGGUUGAUCUUGUUUUGUUAAUUCAUUACAAUUGAUUGAUUGAUCGAUCGAUCAACUGAUCAGAUCAAGGGUUUCAAGUUUCUCUUCUUUUUGUAUUGUUUUUUGGAUUCAGGAGUCGGUGGGUUUGGUCAAGUAGCUGUCUUUUUGAAGUUUUGAUCAUGAGGCUUCCGAUGGUGGAUUGUCGCAGCUUGAUUGAGUUCUGCAGGACUUUUGAGCAGCAUCAGAAAUUAUCCGAUUCGGGUAAUUCAAGAGGAAGGAGAAUUCGUUAUCGAGGAGUUUCAGGCAGGAAGAAACGUAAUGACUUGAAUCCUGCGUCUCAUCCUUUAUCUUUCUGCGAUCACUCAUCCCUUGCUGCAAUUGAUGUCAUCCUGUUGUUUCUGGUUCUGGGAGCUUUAGGUCUUCUGACUUUCCCUUCUCUUAGAUUAGUCCUUCGUGAAUCUUCAGAGGUUUUAACUGCUCUUUUCUCUCUUAUCUGGGAUGAGUUAAGCGAUGAGCCUCUGGCUUAUCUCUUUGGGUUCAGUAUAGCAGUUAUACUGGUGGUUCUCACCAUUGCUGUGUGGGAAUUGUUAGACACACAAUCUAGGAAAUGCAGGAAUCCUUAUUGCAAAGGGCUGAGGAAAGCGGUUGAAUAUGAUAUCCAGUUAGAGUCGGAGGAGUGUGUCAGGUACUUGCCCCCAACACCAACUGCUGCUUUUGGAAUGCCGCCGCUUGAACUGGGGAGAGAUCACAAGGAAUUGGAGGCGGAGCUGAAAAAGAUGGCGCCCAUUAAUGGACGAACUGUCCUCAUCUUUCGAGCACCCUGCGGAUGCCCUGCAGGCCGAUUGGAAGUUUGGGGAGCCAAGAAAGUUCGUGGGAUAAAGAAAUAGGGGGGAGGGAUGUAGUGUUUUUCCUUAUAUAUGUUUCAAUAUCAUCAUAAAGACGACUAGCAGGCUCUGAAACCCUGCCUUAGAACAAACAUUACUUAGUAUUUUAGUUACAAUAGCUCAAACCAGACUUGAUCAAUAAAGUUUUUCCUUAUUUUAUGCUAA